AUGGAGUCUCUCAUCGCCCGCUUCGAAGUACUCUCUAUCCUCCCUCAGUACCUGAUAGUUGGCGCGAUUGCCGCGAUUCUCAUUCCGAUCGUUUCAGGUCUUUUCGUCGGUUGCGUAUUGAUCGCGUCGACGUUGGGCUUGAUUGAUUGGGAUCGCUCCGGCUCGAAGAAACAAGCGACUGCCAGGGUCGAUCAAAUUCCUGAUUCGUCUGAGAAAACGGCGAGUCUCUUGAACGCUGGCCGGGCUAAAACCGAUGAUGGAAAGGGACGUCUUUAA